AUGGCCACGGCCAUAGCCGAAGCCAGCGCCGGAGCAACAAGCAGCGACAGUAGUAGUGCAGUAGCAGGCAUCCAACACAGAAGAGCAGCAGCAGCACAAAGCAAAGCAGCAGCAGCUAGCAAAGAGCAGCGGGAGCAGCAGCUACGCAAGGGACAGCAAUGGGCGCUGGGUGCGGUCGCGGUGGCCAGGGUGCGCACGGUCGCGGACUGGCGGGCAGGGGCACAUGGUGAGGAGCUUGGGCUUCCUUCCAUGGCACCAAACACGGUGGGGGUGACGUAUGGCGCGGAACUAAGCGGGAAGGGAGGGGAUCCGGAGGAGGGACUCACAGAGAGGCCGCAGACGAGCUCGGGGAGGCCGGGGACGGUCGGGAUGGAGCGAACCGAAGAAGAGAUGACGGCGGCCGUGGCGAGGAGACGAUUGCGAUCUCGAACGUAUGGGCCGCCCUGGCUCGAUUUGGUGCCCGGGAUGGACGAAGACGGCCACGCUGGACCUCCUAGACUUGUUCCCGAGUGCCAACGUCAACGAUGGCCGCGGUAG